GCGCAGUCGCGGAGCCAGGAGGCGUUCCUCGCCGUCGUCCUGCUCACGGUCCUCGCCAUGUCGGCGACGACGGAGGCCGUGGGCCUGUCGGCGACGCUCGGCGCGUUCCUCGCGGGCGUGUCGCUCAGCGAGACGCGGUACCGGUACCAGGUCGAGGCGGACGUCGCGCCCUUCCGGGGCAUGCUCCUGGGCCUCUUCUUCGUCACGGUGGGGUUCUCCAUCGACCCGCGGCUCAUCGUCGAGAAGCCCCUCGCCGUCGCCGCGGCGACGGGCGGCCUCGUCGCGACGAAGGCCGUUGUCCUCGCAAGCCUCGGCCUCGCGUUCCGCGUGCCGGCGUCCGCGGCGCUCCGCGCGGGCCUGCUCCUGGGCCCGGGCGGCGAGUUCGGCUUCGUGGCCUUUGGGCUCGCGACGAAGUUCCUCGUGCUGGACGCGGCGACGGCCGAGUUCCUGCGGACGACGACGGCGCUGUCGAUGGCUUUGACGCCCGUGCUCGCGUCCGCGGGCGAGCGGCUCCAGGAGCCCGUGAACAACUGGGCGGCCAAGCUCGCGCGGCGCACGCGGCGCGAGCGCGACGACGAGGCCGCGGUGCUCGCGUCGAAGCAGGGCGACGACCUCGUCGUCGUCUGCGGCUACGGCCGCGUCGGCCGCGUCGUCUGCGAGCUUUUGGACGCGAAGCUCCAGCGCUACGUCGUCUUCGACCUGGACCCCCAGAAGGCGACGGACGCGCGGGCGCGGGGUUUGCCCGUGUUCUUCGGCGAUCUAGGGCGCCAGGAGGUGCUCGAGUACUUCAAGGUCGGCGCGGCGAAGAUCGUCGUCGUCGCUACGCAGGACCGCCGCGCGACGAACCGCGUCGUCGUCGCGCUGCGGCGCCUCUACCCGGAUUUGGAGAUCAUCGCGCGCGCCGAGAACCGGGACCACCAGCGGCGCCUGAGCAAGAUGCUGGGGGUGGUGGCCAUGGUGCCCGCGCUGCCCGAGGACUCGCGGUUCCUCACGCUGCCGUUCGGCGGCGCGGUGCUCCGCGCGCUCAACUACGACCAGAGCGACGUCGACAUGCUCAUCGAGGAGAGCCGG